CGCGUCCCCGUUUCACGCGCGUCCCCGCCCAAGCCGUAUGAACCUGCCGAAGACUCGGACUGCGAGCAGCCUGCAAUCCGUAAUUAGGCAGAAACAUGGCAACGAGCGCCGCGCGCCUGGAGCUGUCUCUACCCAAGGUCUCCCUGUCCUCUGUAAGCUGGUUAACGUCCCUGUGAGAUAUUUUGUCAGGGUGCAACAUUUUCAGCGUGGGAGGCAGGGAGUCUUACGGAGGCCUGACCGAAGCGAACUGCCGUGGGAAUGUGGAGUGUAGCGCAGCAGAGCUGACGCUGGACAGGGCUCACGGACGAGGACGGCCGGCCGGCUACUGCACUUCCUGUCAGGAAUAGGAUCUUUUUUUACCCAAAGCCCCCAGAGCCAUGGUGGACUGUGUAGACUCCAUGGGUGCAGUAGAUAUACACGUACGAAGGAACCCCCCCGCCCUCACUUAAUGCUCCCUUCCUGAUCCAGCCCCACCACGCCCCCCACCGGCUGCCGUUUCUGAGACUGACACUCGUAAAGUUCGCAAUGGACCAGUUCGCUGUCCCCGUGCGGGAACGGCGUCCGGGUUUGGCGACUCUUUGGGUCGUGGCCUCGGCGCUGACGGCGUGCGCUGCCAUCCGCGCCGACUCGGCGGAGAGCCACAGCAUGUUUGCCUGCGAGCCGAUCACCCUACGCAUGUGCCAGGAGCUUUCCUACAACACCACCUUCAUGCCCAACCUGCUGAACCACUAUGACCAGCAGACUGCUGCCCUGGCAAUGGAGCCUUUCCACCCCAUGGUGAACCUGCAGUGCUCCCCGGACCUGCGGCCCUUCCUGUGCUCCCUCUUCGCCCCUGUGUGCACCGAGUACGGCCGCGUGUCGCUGCCCUGCCGCAGCCUCUGUGUUCACGCCCGGCGCGACUGCCUGAAGCUGAUGGAGAUGUUUGGUGUUCCCUGGCCGGAGGAGAUGGACUGCAGCAGGUUCCCUGACUGCGAGGAACCGUACCCACGUGCGGUUGACCUGCAGUCCAAGGCUACCAGCACCGAAGACUCGCUGCUGUCUGUUCAACGCGACUACGGCUUCUGGUGCCCAAGGGAGCUGAAGAUGGAGCCCGAACUGGGCUACUCCUUCCUGGGGGUGCGUGACUGCUCACCGUCCUGCCCCAACAUGUACCUCCGUCAAGAUGAACUCCGCUUCGCCCGCUACUUCAUCGGCGUCGUCUCCAUCGUCUGCCUGUCUGCCACCCUCUUCACCUUCCUCACCUUCCUCAUCGACGUCACCCGCUUCCGCUACCCGGAGCGGCCCAUCAUCUUCUACGCUGUGUGCUACAUGAUGGUGUCGCUGGUGUUCUUUCUGGGCUUCCUGCUGGAGGACCGCGUGGCCUGCAAUGCCGCUAGCCCCGGCCAGUACCGGGCCUCCACCGUCACCCAGGGCUCGCACAACAAGGCCUGCACGCUUCUCUUCAUGGUGCUCUACUUUUUCACCAUGGCCGGCAGUGUCUGGUGGGUCAUCCUCACUAUCACCUGGUUCCUGGCUGCUGUGCCCAAGUGGGGCAGCGAGGCCAUCGAGAAGAAGGCUCUCCUCUUCCACGCCUGCGCCUGGGGCAUCCCGGGCACACUGACCGUGACCCUGACCGCUAUGAACAAGAUCGAGGGCGACAACGUGAGCGGCGUGUGCUUCGUGGGCCUCUACGACGUGGCAGCCCUGCGCUGGUUCGUGUUGGCGCCGCUCUGUGUCGACGUGCUGCUGGGCAUGGUGCUGCUCCUGGCCGGCAUCGUGGCACUGAAUCGCGUGCGCAUGGAGAUCCCGCUGGAGAAGGAGAACCAGGACAAGUUGGUCAAGUUCAUGAUCCGCAUUGGCAUCUUCUCCGUGCUCUACCUGGUGCCCCUGCUGGUUGUCAUCGGCUGCUACUUCUACGAGCAAAGCUACCGGGCCGUGUGGGAGACCACCUGGGUGAUGGAGCGCUGCCGCGAGUACCACAUCCCCUGCCCCUACCAGGUGGAGCAGACCAGCAGGCCAGACCUGGUGCUGUUCCUCAUGAAGUACCUCAUGGUGCUGGUGGUGGGUAUCCCUUCGGUCUUCUGGGUGGGCAGCAAGAAGACCUGCUUUGAGUGGGCCAGCUUCUUCCAUGGCCACAGGAAGCACAAAGACAGCGGCGUCAACGAGAGCCGGCAGGUGCUACAGGAGCCUGACUUCGCCCAGUCGCUGCUGCGUGACGUCCAUGUGCCCAUCGCACGCAAGUCCCGCGGCACGUCCACGCAGGGCACGUCCACGCACGCCUCCUCCACCCAUCUGGCCAUGCUGGACGAGCAGCGCAGCCGCGCCGGCAGCGUCCAUAGCAAAAUGAGCAGCUACCAUGGUAGCCUGCACCGCUCACGGGAUGGCAGGUGGGGCGCCCCCUAGUGUCCCCCAACGGGAGACACCAUUUAGUAGCUAUAGAUUAAGAAUUGAUUUUGUUUGCAUUAUUAGUAUUAUUAUAAUAAAUAAUAUAAUAACAUCAGAGAAGCGGAGCUACGGACUGCCUCAUUUACAUAUAGCUAAACAAAUACCUAAAUGGAAAAAUAAAAAAAAUAAUUAACCCAUAAAUAAAUUAUUUAAAUUUAUGAAAGUAUUAUCAUAAUAUGUUAAGACAUGAAAAUGCGAAUGCGUGUAUCGUUCUGAGACGAGCCGCAGCCUGGUAUUUAAGACUAGAUGUACUUCGGUGGUAACUCAUUUUACAUCGACAGUAACUGCGAAUAUCUUCGGUCUGGCCGAUGGACCCAUCUGACAGAAACUGAACCUGCCAUUCAAAAUACCUUUUCCUUUGUUCAUCAUUUUUCCCGAGCUGUCAUCCCACUCAACAGGUGUUAAUGGCGUUAAAAUCAUUAGUCAGGUUAUGGUGGGUGGUCUGGCCAAGAAAUGAUAAAACCAAGAGGGAAGUAGGUUCAUACAUAUCACCCCUGGAAAAGAAAGUCUAUGGGAAUUAGGGUUAGGCCAAACUUCACACCCCCACCGACAAUAGUGUGUUCCCCACCACCCCAGUCUGAAAACAGUGUACCUUACCUUGGUCCAAGAUUAACAGGACAAGCACUUUAAGGAAAUAAUAAUUGACACUUUAUUAAUCCCCUAAGAAAAACCUCCUUUGACUCCCUUCACUGAAAGCAAGCUCAGACAUAUCAAGACCAGGCUUGAACCAGCAACCUUCUAAUCACAGGUCCAGAGGUUUAGCCCACUAAGUUAAAGUAGGGGGGUGGUUAGCAACACUUAGGGCCCCCACCUUAUUAUUAAACAAGUGUGAGAGCAGCAAGACUCACAACAAUAAUACACAACCCUUAACCCUUCUUUUCAUAUAAACCAACAGGCAGACCAAGGCUGGGCUUGAACCCAUGACUUUCUGAUCCCAAGCACAGACACU